GCUGUCUGUCUGUUUUAAAAUUAUUGACGGUUACAAAAUACGAACGAAAGCGACGGACGAUUGAAAACACAAAACAAAUUGUGUAAUUGAAUUGAAUUAGAGAUAAUUUAUCGUUGUCUUGUGACUCUAGUUGUUUAUAGAGACUAAACCGUUACUGUUUGAUUUGGCGGAGUGAGAUUUUGUGCAACCAGUCCUACUUGGCUGGUCCGUUUUUGUUUUAUGACAAAGUUUUCUUGUGAGUGAUAAUGGUUAGAAUGGAGAAGCGGCCUUUAACGGGCCAAACUAAAGGAUCUUCAACAAAUAUAGGUCCUUCGAAGAGUGGAUCUACACAGAAUAUGUCUGCAAACAUCAAGGUGGUCGUUAGGGUGCGUCCUUUGAACGAGAAGGAGUUGGAACAAAACAGUCGUAUCGUUGUGGACGUGGUUGACGAUAAACUACUUGUGUUCGACCCUAAGGAGGAGAUCAGGCCCUUCUUCUAUCAGGGAGUUCAACAGCCCAACAAGAACUUUUUGAAGCGAGCUAACAAGGAAUUGAAAUUUGUGUUUGAUAAUGUUUGUGGGUUCAAUGCGACGAAUAAGGAUGUGUUUGAGACGACUACGAAGGACAUACUAAGUUCUUUGAUGGAGGGCUACAACUGUUCUGUGUUUGUGUACGGAGCUACUGGAGCAGGGAAGACGUUUACUAUGAUUGGGAGUGCUGAGCAUCCAGGAAUCACUUACUUGACUAUGGAGCAUUUGUUUUACACUAUCAACUCGUUUGAAAAGGAUAGGGAGUUUGAUAUAGGAGUGUCAUACAUUGAAGUGUACAAUGAAAAUGUGUAUGACCUGCUUAAGCCAUCAAACACUCCGUUACAACUGCGCGAAGACUCAAAAUAUGGGGUGAUGGUAGCAGGCCUGACGUUGAAUAACAUCAAGACUGCGAGAGAGCUGCUGAACAUGCUUGAGAACGGCAACAAGAACCGGACUCAACACCCUACCGACGCCAACGCUGAGAGUUCAAGGAGUCACGCAGUCUUUCAGGUGUACGUCAAAAUGCGUUACAAGACUAGCAGCCAGUUACGGUUAGUCAAGCUGUCAAUGAUCGACCUGGCAGGCAGCGAGCGCGCGUCGGCCACGGGCUGCGUCGGCGAGCGCUUCAAGGAGGGCGCUAACAUCAACAGGAGCCUGUUGUCGCUGGGCAACUGCAUCAACAAGCUCGCUGAUGGUAGCAGCUACAUACCGUACAGAGACUCAAAACUCACUCGCCUUCUAAAAGACAGUUUGGGCGGCAACUGCAAGACGGUCAUGAUAGCCAAUGUAUCACCCGCUAGCUCAAGCUACGAAGACACAUACAACACUCUCAAAUACGCAGCGAGGGCAAACAAAAUCCAGCUGCACAUUAAGAAGAAUAUAGUCGACGGAGAUGUGAGGCUCUCCCAGUACGUCACCAUCAAUGAGGAACUGAAGAAAAAGGUUAAAGAGCUGGAAGCGAAGCUAUCGCUCUCAAGUGUUCGAGUGGUUUCAAAAGAACCCGACUUGGCUAAGGAGAAAGCGAAACAAGAAUGGCGUCGUCGCAUCAAGGACGUGGAAUGCUCGCACGGCGCGUUGGAGACGCAGCUGCUAGCGCUGAUGUCGCGGCAGCGCGUGCUGGCGCUCCGGCAGCGGCUGCGCACGCGCGCCUUCUCGCACGUCGCCUCGCUCGCGCACCGCUCCUCGUGCGAGGCCAUGGAGCAGAUGUGCACCGAAGAAAUACCGCGGCAAGAGCGAGCCGCCGAGAGUUACAUGAAGCAAUCGGCUCACUUGGACUCCAAGGUCAUGAGCGCGUGGGCCAAGUGGGACGACAGCCGCAAGAAGCUUCUCGUCAUCUGCGACCAGGCCCUCUCCGACUGCCCGGACUUGGCCGACUUCGUGGAAAAAAUACACAUGCACAGCGAAAUCAGACAGAUCAAAGCCCGAGACGACCUGAGGUUCAAACUGCUCUCUAUAGAAAACGAGGAGAUCAACGCGUUCACGGAAUACAUGAGCGACAUGCCGAGCAUGCUCAAAAAGCUGUACCUUACCCUAAAAGGGUACGACAAAGCGCCCCCGGUGCUCACGGCGGAAUACUUGGAGAUCAUGAAGAAAGCCAAACUGGCGAAGGGCAUCACCUGGUCCGAUAAAGACUUGGAGGGCGACGCGCACUUCAAAUUCGUCUCGAAUUUGGAUCUCGACAAACCAACGACGACCAUUGAGUAUGUGUCGAAGAAGGAUGACUUGAAUGGCACGGUCGAUAUAGUCACGGACAGCGAUUGCCAAAGCGAUAUGACAGAUGUGGAAAAUAGGGAACCGAUGCGCUUGUGCGGCAACAAACGAAAGGGAACGCCCAUAAAGCUGAUGAACAACGAAACGAUCAUCAUCAACGAUUCCCUCGAAAGUUUGGACACGACGAGGAAUUUGAGUGCUAAGAAGGUGAAGAGGGAGUUUGAUAUAGCGCCCGAGGUUGAAAAUUACGGCGCAUUUGACCUCAAAGAUAUGAACUCGACAUUCGUUUUGGCGGGAAAAGUCGAGGCCAUGAACAAGCCGGUCAAGAUAGAGGUGACCAGAGAGCCUUUGAAGAGAGGGCUCGUGGACCGAACGAACACGUUGCCAAGGACUAUUAACUUCAAUGACAAAGCUAAAAUAGUGAAGCCGGUGGUCGGCAAGGCGUUGCCGUUCCGGCGGCCGCCGGCGCCGGCGCGCGCCGGGUUCGGGUCCAGCCUGUCGCGCGACGGCACGCCGCUACAGAGAAACGUGCAAGAGUCGGGUCGCGCAAAGACGAAUGACACUCAAAAAUCAGUUGGUUACAAAGCAGUGAGGGCUCGGGAGCGCAUCCAGAGUCAUCCCUACUCCAGAAACGUGGCAAGGAAAUGACACAACGAAGGAUUGAAAGGUAGCUGCAGUUCGAACAAGGUGUGAAGUCUUAUGUAUAGUCUAGUUCUAGUUCUAAAGUGUCAAUGAACAGACUUUCGGCCGGGUUAUUCUACUAAUUCCCAUUGACUUAAUAAUUAAGGAUUUGUGAACAUCUUUGCAUACACAUCCCCCUUUAACCGUUAAUUGAAAUAGGUUUCGGAAAAGUGAUCUUGCUAUUGAAGUUUUUGGCAAAAACAAAGAAAAGAUAUAAACGUAAAUACUAAAAUCGCACAACCACGUUUGAGUGUUUGACAUUUUGAUCAGGCGAUUUAAAAUUUAACGUUAAUAGUAAGCUUCUUUCAUAGCCAAUGAAAAAGGGCAAGACUAUUGUCAAAUGAGUGAAUAGUUUUUACACAUAAUUUUAUCUCAGUAGAUAAAUAAUAAUUGUAUGUUUAAUUUUUAUAGCUUUAUUAACUUUGACACUUUUCAUCAACGAAUAAAAUGUAUUGACGUACUUUUAGACGUAGUGAGAAACUUCAAGUGUCAACGAUUUAUAUUAUUUAUUAUCUCUUUCCAUAAAAGGCAAUAAAUUUCGUCAAACUUGGUAGCUGAAAAGUAAAUAAAACUAACUAGCGUAAAGUUAAGUGUGCCAUUAUUGGACGGGUUUUGGUAAGUUUGAAUAUGUAUUUAUUUAAUAACAAUUAUGUGCCUAAUUAAUACUAAAAAAUAAUAUAAUCAGCUUAGGUAGGGUGAAUUAGUGUAUUAUUAUUUUGUGUUGUGACUGAAACCUGUGUUGUGUUCAUUAAAAUCUGUCAUGAAUUUAACAUUCAAUGAAACAACUGUAACUCUAGUUGUUUAAUUCAAUUAUUAUGUGAGACAAUUUUAUAACACGUGCGAACAAUAAUAUUUAUUUUGUAACCAGCACAAUUCAAUGGUGGUAAUCCAAAAUGCAUUAGCAUGAAGCACUGCCAACCGAUGUUAAUAGGACCUAAACCGCACAAAUCCGAACAAGUUAGUAAUUGACGUCACAAUAAUUAAGCUACUUUAAUGAAAUCAAUAAUUAACGGCGACGAAUUCAGUCGAAAUUACAAUGAAACUAAAUUAUAUUUGGCGCAAUAUAUCAUUUCAUUUAGUCGCUUUUCGUGGCAUGAUAUUUGAGGCCUUACUUCGAAACUCAUAAGGCCGAUAGUUCACUGUCGCUGAACAGUCGCUCGAACGCGACUCAGCAAAUGUGUUCCGGCCCUUAAUGAUCUCUAAUUGAGCGAUUGCGGAAAUUACUACGGAUACGUGAUCCCGUUUUGUAUUACGGAUUGAGCAAAAAUCCAUAUUUUCAUCUCAUUAUCGGUCUUCACAGCCGACCAACCGCACUCCAGUGCCAAUAUUAAAUCUACAUAAAGUCAACAUCAUUACAAUGAAAUGUAAAUGACUGUUACAUUUUCCUGAUUGGAUUUUUGACGCUCAAAUGUAUUGUGUUUAAAUUCGUAGUUGUACGUUGUUUUGUAUGUACAAAUUUUCGACUACGAUAUUUUUACAGUACUAGUUAUUUUCAUCAAGAACGGUUUAAUACGUUGAUUCGUAUUGAAUGCUGUAUUUUGGUGUCCAGUUAAUUUUCUUAAAAUGCUCAUAUUGUGUCCUAUCGUAACAUGCUCAUGAAUUAUUCUCGAUUGCACAAGAAUCUCUUUAUGUAUCUCAUUUCAAGGUCAAAGUCAAGCCCUUUCAGUAAGAACAUCGUAAAGAAAUCCCAAAAGUUCUUAAUAUAGGAACUGCCAGCACUUCGCAUGGAAUUAAAAUGAGUCUUUAUGCUCCUUAAAAUCGAAUAUGAAAAAUGCCGGUUAUGAUGUUCUACCUGAAGAGGCUUGAAGUCUCCAUAUUUGAAAACAAUGACCAAAUUCGAUUGAGCGUAUUUAUCUUGAUUUGAGAUUUAGUUAAGUAAAUUCAAGACGAACAAACAAUAACUUCUAGACAAAAUAGUACAAAUAAAGCUUAGUUGAAUUUUUUGUAUCGCCUGAAUUUAUUAACAUCGGUUCGCGUCGUGUUUGUAUUCAGCUGGCAACACUGGGCUAGCCGACAAAGCUGGUUAUUAGCCCGUGAUCUAAUUUGUACUUCUACAAAGAAAUAUACAUUACAAUAUUAGAUUUUACACUCUGUCUUUGGUAAUAAUAUUUUUAGUUUUAUCACCCUUUAGUUUAUGUAUUUUAGGAAUUUGGCAUUGUCUACGUAGCUUUAAUAAUUUUCUAAAUGAUUAUGUAUGGUUAAUGUGUG